AUGCAGUGUUUCUGCGAAGCAGACCGUGCUUUCCUGUCCCAUCUAGCACAGCCAGAGAUGCUUCAGCUCCAGUUCAUGAGUUUGCAUGACGAGAAACUAGAGAUGCAAGAGGCUGCUGUCUGCCUUCUUGGUCGUUUAUCUGAGCUCAAUCCCGCUCUGGUGUUGCCUAGAAUGAGACGAGUACUGCUUGAGACCUUGAGUCAACUGACAAAUAGCGGUCAAGCCAAGCUGCUUUUGCGUACGAUUGGCAGGAUUGCUCGCUCCACGGCUUACGUUGUCGAUCCAUACAAGGACUACCCGAAUCUUCUUGAUGACCUUCUCAGGCUUCUGAAGACCGAAAUGUCAUCGAGGAUGCGUCGUCAGGCCAUCAAAACACUAGGGAUUCUUGGAGCGCUGGAUCCGUACACGCAUAAGGUUUUCACGGGUGCAGUCCAAUCGGCUACAUCAAUCAGUACUGCGUUGUCGCUUCCAAUGGCAAGAGACGCUGCUGAUCCUAGACAAGAUAUUAUUCAGUGGUAUAACUAUGAAAAGUGCACAUUGGAGGAGUUCUAUCCAGCAAUAACAAUCGCAAAUCUUAUGGUUAUGGUUCAAGACGAGGCAUUCACGCAGUACUACAAGGAGAUAGCACAGGCUCUGCUCACCAUUUUCCGAAGCCUCGGCGAUUCAUUCCCGCAAUAUGUUCAGCAGGUUGUACCACGCCUGAUUGAAGUGACUCGUGCUUGUCGUGGCCGACCAUCGCAUCGAGAGUUCUUCUUGCGACAACUUGCUAGUCUUGUUGCUAUCAUCAAAGUUCAUGCAAAACCCUAUAUGAAGCAGAUCUUCAGUUUAAUUGCUGACGCAUGGAGUGAAGAUCAUAGUGUCAAGGUGACAGUAGUG